AGUAGAAACAGGAAGUGUGUGCAGGUAUACGAUUUUAGUUUCUCUUUCUUGAAUACCGUUAGACAGAGACGGACAGACUCUGAAAAAACUGUAAGAGACACUGGCAUCAGAAUAAGGUUUUGAAGUGUCUGACAGUACGUCACUGAUUGGUUACUUUAUUAAGAGGCAGUAAAAAUGCGUCGUCAUCAGAAGGAAGCCAGCAAGGAGACUUCGAUUCCUUCGUUUGAACUCAAGUCAGAUCUCAGGAUAAUGCUGGUUGGUGAAACUGGAUCUGGAAAGAGUGCAUCAGGAAACACCAUCCUGGGAGAAAAGGUGUUUGAAGAAAAAAAUUCUUCUGAAUCUGUGACUAAUACAUGCCAUAAACAUCAGAAGAAGGUGGAAGGUGGAAACAUCUCAGUGAUUGACACUCCAGGAAUUUUUGAAACAAAAAUCAGUGAAAAACAGCUGAAGGAUGAGAUUAAGAAAUGUGUCGAAAUCUCUGUUCCUGGUCCUCAUGCAUUUCUGCUGGUCAUCAGACUGGACAUGAGAUUCACAGACGAGGAGAAAAAAACAAUGAAAUGGAUUCAGGAGAACUUUGGAGAAAAAGCUGCUGAUUACUCCAUCAUUCUGUUCACUAGAGGAGACCAGCUAGAUAAACCUGUAGAGAAAUUUAUCACUGAAAACAGGGAGAUUGAAGAGCUUGUUAGACAGUGUAAAUCCAGGUAUCAUGUUUUCAAUAACAAAGAUAAAAAUCCAUCACAGGUUAAUGAACUGCUGGAUAAGAUAGAAACAAUGGUUAAGGAGAAUGAAGGAGAACAUUAUACAAAUAAGAUGUACAAGGAAGUUCAGGAGAGGCAGAGAAAGAAUAUUGAAGCAAAGUCAAACAUGUUAUAUUAUGCUGCAUUUGUAGUAAUAUCAUUAGUACUAAUUAGAAUUUUUCAGGAGUUACAACUACUCGGGUUACUAUAAUGAAGUAACCUAGUUUUUUUCCGGGUACUUGUCAUUUUUUUGAGUACAUUUUUAACCUUCUACUGCACACAUGUUGAUGGCACAUGAACAAAAAAAUCAACAUUUUUUGCCAUUUUUUGGACAAUAAAUAUGAAGCUUGU